UGACGUGUGAGCACAUGCGCGAUAACCUACAAUUCACAGCAGCCAUUUAUUGUUGACCAUUAUUUCGAAGUUUCUUUAAAGCGAUUUUACUUGCAGGUAAAGAUUCCUUAAAUCUCAGACGAGUAAAGUGAAUACUGUUUUGAACAGUUAAUUUAAUCCAUUAUGACUGACUCGAUGAAUUUUGGUCCUGAUUGGAUUCGUAACCUCUCUUCAGAGGGUACAACUACAGGAAAUAACAGUGUGGGAAAAAAUUAUCAGCUGGCUGAUUAUCGAUACGGUAGAGAGGAGAUGUUGGCCUUGUUUGAUAAAAAUUUAAAGCCCCCUGAGUCCUUAGUGGGAUUCAGAACUUUGUUUUCGGAAACAACACUUUUUCCACUUGCCCUUGUUCCUAACACAGAUGAAGAGCAGAGGGGAUGGCAGUCAAGACCUAGUACUCUAGCUGGUUCCAUCAGAGGUCGGGUGGGUCCCUUGGAUAGAGGUGGAAGAGUCAGUAGAGGGGGUAGAGGUGGGUAUCAGAAUUAUGCCAGACCAGCCACAACAUACGAUGGUGGCUGGGGCACAAGUGCAGAACAGACGGAAUGGAGCCCCAGGAAAGAAUAUAACCCAAGAGGAACGAAUGAUAACUGGAGAAGGAACAGGCUAAAUGACGAUGAUGACGGAUGGAGGAAUCUGAACCACGCCAGACCUUCCCAUGACAAGUGGGGUAGGUCCAGUUGGAGGGGAGGUGAUGGCGAGCCUGAUGAAAGAAUUGAAAGACACAGUGGAAAUCCCGAUGGUCGAGUAAAUCGCAUGGGCUGGAACGACGGAAAUCGAAACAAUAACAUGAGAAGAUCUUGGGACGAGGAUCAUUUACCGGAAUGGGCUAUGGCCAAUGUCGACGGUGGAGGUACUUUCGACUCCACCGGGGCAUUCCAUAACUCAGAUGAAGAACCGGGUGAGGGAAAAUCAAUCACCAGGAAAGAAACAGUAUUACAAAAAUCAAGCUCUCAACAACACAUUACGCCAAACAAAGGAUUUUUCUCUUCGUUACAAACUUCAAAAUCUGUAGCUUCUCUGUCAAAAACCCAACAAGAUAAUAAUUGUAUUAUGAAGGAUAAGGGUUUGGAAAAAGGUGUUAAGGCGGAAAUCAAGAAAGUAUCAGAACCCGACAAACGAGCACAAUCACCCAAACACAAGAGCGAAGAAGAACAGGAACAAAGGAGGGAAAAAAUGAAAGAAAUACCAAACAAGCAAAAAACACUAGGAAGUAACGAAAAUUCCAGAGAAGCAAAUUCGGCCCCCAAUAACAAGGAUUCUAGAGUGGAAGAUGAUUUCAAAAUACAGGAGGACAGCAUAAUAAAACUGGUUGAUGACGAUUCUCCCAAGGCGCAAAUGGCGAAAACUGCGGAACCGAGCAAUUCCUCUAACAUUCAGCCUCCUCCAAAUUUGGGGCCCCCAAUCCAAGAUCAGUGGUUCUAUCAAGAUCCGCAGGGGCAGAUGCAGGGGCCCUUUUCAAGUGCAGAAAUGGCAGAGUGGUAUAAGGCGGGUUACUUCAAUAGUCAGCUUAAGGUCAGGCGACCUUGUGACGAAUUGUUCUAUCUACUUGGUGAACUCGUGGCUCUGUGCGAUGGAGCGAAUCCGUUUUUGGGCACUAAACGUUUCGCGCCCUUGAAACCUGACCCCACCACUCUGCCCGAACCGGAACUUCUACAAUAUCAGUAUCUAAUGGCUCUCAGGCAGGCCCAAACCAGGCCUGCCAUCCCAGAACCCUGGAACACUUUAACUCUCCAGCAACAGCAAGAAGUUGCAGCUCAAAGACUGAUCAUGCACCCCCAAGUGUCCCAGGAACUCCCAUACAUUCAUCAAUCAAAUACAUCAAAUCCAUUAAUGCACAUGAUAAAUCAAAUGCAACAAGCGAAUAAACUUCCCAACCCAACUCUAGCAGAUAAGGCACCGACGGCUAUGCCCAAUCCGCUCGAUCCGAGAUUGGUACAGCUUUCUAACCUGCAUCAGCUACAGAACAGGUUGCCUCCCACAAGUGCCAUACCAAAUCCCUUGGCUUCCAGGUUGCCGGGCCUGACGACGGACGGUCUGAACCUGCCUGGAGUUCUCGGGACCCAUCCCCUCGGCUUGACGCCAGGUAUCGGACCAAGUCUGGGGAAUUCGUUGAAUAUGCCAAGACAGAUGACGCAUAAUAGCGUCGUCGAUAAUCUUGUACCAAAACCUGCGGAGGAUCCAAUCAGUAGCCUUCUUAAACAAUUACACCAGCAGAAACAACAACAACAGCAAGCUGCCAAUGUCUCGCUGGACACCCUGUGGCAAAGCAGUCAAUACACGGUACCUCAAACUAUACCAACGCCCCAGUGGCAACAAGAACCCGCUCUCUCGAUGUGGGAUAUCAACAAACUUCCAGAAAUACCAACGACCCAACAUGAAAAACUCCCCGUUACGAAGCCCCAAGAAUCUGUUUCCCCGACUAAAAGCGUGGAAAAGGAAAAAUCCCAAUCGAAGCUCCAGGAUAAAAAGGACGAAGUGUCAACAAAAGAACUGAAGAAGAAAAAGGAGCAGGAAGAAAAACAGGCGAAAAAGGAGGCCGAGGAAAAGAGGAAGAACGAACAGAGACGUUUAGAGGCGGAGAAACGGGCGGCGGAAGAGAAAAAGAGAAAGGAAGAGGAGAAGAUAAAGAAGGAGAUCGAGAAGGCGAAAAAGGAGGCGGAAGAGAAAAGGCUCAAGGAAUUGGAGGAGAAGCGGAAAUUAAAGGAACAGAGGAAGGCGGAGGAAGAAGCUAGGAAGAAAACGGAAGAACAGAAGAAAGCGGAGGAAGAGAGAGCAAAGAAGGAAGCGAAAGAACGAGAGGAAUAUGCUAAGAAGGAAGCGGCAAGGUUGGCCCAAGAGCAGGCCAUACGCAACGCCAAGAUCGCCCCCUGGUGUCAAUCGUCAUCGUCCCAAGGUCUCAGUCUUCAGGAGAUACAGAAAUUGGAGAAGGAGAAGGCUAGACAAGAGGCGCUGAUCCUGCAGCAACAAAAACAGAUGCAGGAGCUUCAGCAGCAGCAAGAGAAGGCGGCUGCUAGUUUCACGUGGGCUGCCAAGGCAAAGGAGCAGCGUCAAGUAAAAUCGCUAGCAGAGAUUCAGGCAGAGGAGCAAGAGCGAUUGGCAAAACAAGCUGCAGAAGCUAAACUGUUGGCCAUGCAGAAAGAAAAGGAACUACCCCCUGUGCAAAACACUGGAAACAUAUGGAAUUCCCAAAAUCUUUCUUGGUCUACAAAUAAUCCAUCAACGUGGUCAUACAAUAAUAAUAACACCACAACAACUUCAGGUUUGUGGGAGGAAGUUUCAGCAAAACCUGCAACUAAUAAUAAACCGUCCAAUAAUUCCAAAGGUAGUGCAUCAAACGCUAAACCUCAACAGCAGCAACAACAGACCAAUCAACAACAGUCGCAGAAGGCCAAGCCUAAGAGCAAAAAAGAGGAGCCUAAUCCAUCGAAGAAUGGUGCGACAAAUUCUGUGGAUGAGUUUACGAAUUGGUGUACAAAGGCUUUGUCUAAUAUAACCUCUGAGAUUGAUAUUCCAACAUUUGUUACGUUCCUAAAAGACAUUGAAUCUGCUAUGGACGUUAGGGAUUAUUGCAAGGAAUACUUAGGUGACAAUCCUCAAACUUUACAAUUUGCCUCUAAUUUCCUCGAGAAGAGAAGAUCAUUUAGGCCGAAGAAUCAAGCACCAAAGGACGAUAUGUGUUCUCCAGCUUCUGCAAUAAAUCCUUCAUCUUUCCAUAGCAAUGAAUUUCAAGAGGUUAAGGGUAAAAAUAAGAAAAACAAGAAGAAUAAAAUGUUGAAAGUGGAUAAUAGAAUCCUAGGAUUUAACGUGACUUCUGCUCCUGACCGAAUAAACGUGGGUGAUAGAGAUUAUGGUGAUAAUUCGUAAAUGUAUUUGUUCACCAAGAAAAAUUGUUAAAGUUGUACCUUUAUAUAUACAUAUAUUUCCUUUUAAAAAAACUUGUUUACUUUGCUUAUUUAUGUCUAAAAUUACAAUCCUGUUUUACUAUUUUACUGUUUAAAUAUUGAUUUUAUAAAAAAUAUUUUUAUUUAUAGGCAUAUUAUUAACUUGCAGAAGCGAGACUUUUCGCGUGGAAAGAGUCGAAGUUAAAUGCCAUUUAUUGAGACUAAAUAUAGUAUUUUUACAUCAA